AUGUCUGACCCGGAUGUCUCCAUGGAAGACAAGCAUGAACCUAUGAUCCGGUUCUCCCCAAGCUGGCGUCCUCCAACUAUACAGACCGAACCACCACGGCCCAAUCUUCUCGCCCUCAUUCACAAGUCUUUCGUCGAGGAUGUAGACCCUGAGUGGCGUCAACUCGAUGAGGUCGUUGGCACAUUGUGGCCCACUCAGAGGAGUCGGCUCAUGCGGCAUGCUCCCAGCCAGCAUAAUGAUCAGAGUUGGCUUAGAUCUCUUGAGAAUCUCCCUCGGGGUCACAAGGACCCUUUGUACAAGUUUAAUAGCCUUCGGGACUUGCGUGUCGCGUUUCUGGAGAGUAACCGGUACCAAUCUGAGGCUUCUGUCGCCAUGCUUGGGACACGCAUCAAAGGAGAGGCAUAUGCUAAAGCUCUCGAACUUCUUCGCGAAGUGACACUCUGGGGUGUCCCAGAGCAUCUGCUCCUCGAACGUGGCCUCAACCAGCACUUCCUCAUUUACGCAAGUAUGGACCUCGGCCUAUCCCUCCCCACCGACUUCAACCGCGCUUUCCUCUGGAGUCAUCUCGCCGCCAUGGUCCAAUUCAACUGUGCCGCCGGACUCAGCAUCACCCAGGCUCCUGCCCUCAACGAGCUCAGGUGUUCCGGACCAUCAGCAGAUCCAGAGGGGAUCGUUCCCUUUCUUGAGAGGCUACAUAGAGCCGUGGAGGAGCACAGCAGCCUAGCAUCUAACACCAUCGACCUCGCGCCAUUGCCCGACGAAGAAGAAGACAUUGACGCCCCAGAGGUGCACGAAGUCACCAUCGACAACACGUCCCGAAUCACUCGCUACGGUCUUUCGGGUCGUCUCGUUCCCGUCCCCAGCAUCCUCAGCGACGCAAACCGCAAGAUCGGAAAGGUCGACGAUACCUUCCGCGUGUAUUGGGCCAUCUUUGACUUCCUGAUGUGUCAUAUCAGGUCCUUAUGCACGUAUAAGAUCCUCCUCCAGUUCCGGACGAACAACCUCGCUGGGGUUCUGCAGAUCAAUGACACCAUCCGUCGAGCGCGCACCCCUGCCGCCGCCACCUCUACUAGUCUCCCGAUCCUCAUACUGAUCAGGAGGCUGUUGACACGCUGGGAGCUGAAAUUGCAGGCUGUUUGGGUUCCGUAUGAGGAAUGUGUGAAGGCGGGGGAGGAGCGUUAUAUGGAUGGUACGGAAAAGGUAUGGGAUAUGUAUGUUUAUCUGAGGAUGAGGGGCGACAAGAAGGCGAGGGGGAUCAGUGCGAGGUGGGUGUUUGGGGAGGCUGGGAAUGAGGGUCUUCUGGAGAGGCUGAGGCGGCAUGAGGAGUUCUGUGAGCAGGAUCGUUAA